CCCCGGAAGCGGAAGCGGCCUGGUGCGGCCAUGGCGCGGGACAAGCCGGAGGCGGCGGCCGAGUCGGAGGGGGCACCGGAGCUCUCGUACCGGGAGCAGCUCGACUUCCUGAACCCCAUCGCGCAGCCGCUCGCGUCCCGCAAGCUCACGCGGAAGCUCCUCAAGUGCAUCAGGAAAGCGACCAAGCAGAAGCAGGUCCGCCGCGGUGUGAAGGAGGUGCAGAAGUUCAUCAAUAAAGGCGAGAAGGGGAUCGCGGUGCUGGCCGGAGACACGCUGCCCAUCGAUGUCUACUGCCACAUCCCCAUCAUGUGCGAGGACAGGAGCCUCCCGUACGCAUACGUCCCUUCCAAAACGGACCUGGGAGCUGCAGCCGGCUCCAAGCGCCCGACCUGUGUCAUCCUGAUCAAGCCCCACGAGGAGUACCAGGAGGCCUACGACGAGUGUCUGGAGGAGGUGUCAGCCCUUCCCAUGCCGCUGUGAAGAGCUGGGGCUGGGCUGUGCCCUGCAGGGCCAUGGCGGGUCCCUGUCCCUCUGCACGGCUGUUUGUGGGGACUCUGCCGAGAGGACUGAUGGGGGGAUGCUGAGUACUGUGGGGUGAAUAAAGGUGUCUGUGGUUUUGUA